CUAUUGAUUUUUUUAUUAUCCUGGAUCGAAAUGAUGGGGAAUUGAAAGUGUUCGAAUGCAUACCACGGAUUGAUGGACACCUCCAUUAGUUUCCCUCAUUUCUGGCAAGGUCUUCACAGUUCACGCUAUUAACAAAACAGCCUGAAAGCACUAAUACAGGCUUGGAGUCGGUGGAAGCCCAGCCUGAAGCCACAAAUCCUUCAUUGGAAAAGGCUGAAGUGCAAGUAGAAAUGCAACCAACGCCUGCCAAGGUAAUCUCAAAGAAGACACCAGGGAAGCAUAUUCUUCCUGCUACUGUUAGGCGGUCUCGACGUCUUAAAAGUGUACACUUACCUUGUCAAAAUGAGGACAGUGAGCGAGUUAUUAAAGAAAUCACUAUUAGUGAAAGUGAGAGCGAAGAUGAACAACAUAUGCAUCAGGAAGCCCAGCCUGAAGUCACAAAUCAUUCAUUGGACAAGACUGAAUUGCAAGCAGAAAUACAACCAACGCCAGCCAAGGUAAUCUCAAAGAAGAUGCCAGGGAAGCAUAUUGUUCCUGAUACUAUUAGGCGGUCUCGAAGUCUUAAAAGUAUACCUUUACCUUGUCAAAAUGAGGACAUUGAGCGAGUGAUUGAAGAAAUCACUGUUAGUGAAAGUGAGAGCGAAGAUGAACAACAUAUGCAUCAGGAAAAGGAGUUGAAGUUUAAGACAACUAAGAGAACCUUUCUUUAUCAAACCUCCUCAUAUGCAGCAGGAAAAUACAAAAGCUUGUACAUUGACUCCCGAAAGAAGAUAGAAGCCUUGGCAGAGGAAAACCGUCAACUUGCUCUGAAGUUGGAAAAUGCUCUUGACAAACUUGAAGGACGCGAAGCUACAGCGAAGGAAAAUCGUGAGCUUGUUUUGAAACUGGAAAAUGCUCUCGGAAAAAUUGAAGCGUAUGAGAAAGUGCUGCAGAUGUCAAAAGAAGUGCUCCUCAUUGCCAGAGCAACUGAGAGAGUGGCCAACGUUUGCUCUGAACCUAUGAAUGGUGCUCUUGCUGGAAUCCGUUCAGCCAAGAGAACAAGACAUAAUCAAGAAAGUGGAAAGAACUGAACUGGUGCAUACCAAUGUACUGAUGUUUAAAAUAUGUGAUUAGUUAAUUUUACUGAAUGUUAAGCUUUCUUUGUAAUGUUCUCUUAUCUUGAUUCACUUCAGUUGAUCCAGCCAAAUAUUUCAUCUGGUUAAAGAAAUGGAAGUGAAAGUGGAGCCUGAUAAGGCGGUCCAUUGGUCGGUGGCCUCA